AUGUUCAAGCUGUCGAGUUCCAAAGGUGACUUGGACUCCGAGGUCAAAGAGGUUUUGGUUGUCUUUGACGAUGCCUCUAUCCGCAACAGGAAGCAGCGCGUGCGCGGAGGCUACACCUCCCACACGUGCAUGGCUGUUGCAAGCUCUAACUGCUUAACGCAGUGCCUCCCUGAGAAGCAGUUUGAGCACCACACUGGCCACUGCACGUCCAAUGUUGUGCAUGGAGUCAAAGCCUUGUCACCCACAGACCUCUGGCACACCAACAGGAGCGAGAAAGUGGAGAUCCUGGGCAAGGCAAGAACCGUCGAGGUGACCCCGGAAGCUGCCGAGAAGAAUCAGUGUGGCGAGCAGACUGCAGUGCUGGAAAGCGUCUUCUCCGCUAGCUUGUUGCCAGAGAAUUUUUUCCGAGACAUGCUGAUAGGCCACUCGGCCAAAGCAAUGGUGGAUUUGUCUUGUGGACAAGGAUCCGCUGCCCGCGCCUAUUUGCUGGAACGACUCCCUUAUUUUGGGUUCGUUCUCUCAGAAGCCCAUGGGAAAAAAAUGGAGAUGAUGCUGACGGAGUUCGUGCUGACUGAAAUGCGCAGAGAAGGUUCGAGCCAUUACAGGCCGGAAGCCGCGCAAGAGCCGCCAGCCGAGAUGGUCAAAGACGGUACCCAGCCAAAGAAGCAGAAAAGCGACACGGCACCAAAAGGAGAGCCGAAGCCCAAGAAGCCACGAAAGACCAGCAAAAAAGAAGAUGAGACCGAAGAAGUUCCCGUGGACGCGGGCGUGGACGAGGCCGACAUCUCUGGGUUUGCAACAGACCUUGGAAUGCUGCCAGAUCCUAUCAGACUUUUGGCUUUCACUCGGGAGUGGGUGAAUACGGCUGGAGGAGAACAGGUAGCCUUUUACUCUGCGGAAGAGGCCCCGGAAGGGCUGGAAGAGGAGGAGGAGCAGCAGAGGCUGCAGAGAUUGGUAGAGCAAAAUGCAGCUGCCCCACCACCGAGGGCUUCACAGAUGCCUGUCUCCAUGCCCCUCCAAUCUUUUGCAAAGAUGAUGGGCUCGCCCCCGAGGACGAAGCAUGUGGGGCUGCCAUCACCGCCUCCGAAGGCCAGCCUGUUAGGCCAAGCAGGAGCCCAGUUGGCGGAAGAGGAGCUACCUCCAGUGCCUGGGGGAGACACUUUGGCGCAAGCCGUCCUUCAGCAAUCAGUGGCAUUGACAUCACUGGUAGCACAUCUCCAGCAGGGAGGCGAUCCUCUGCUGGACCCUCAGGGCACUGCAUCUUCAACUUCUUCAAGAGGGGCGGCAGGUCGAGAAAGGCUGCAAAAGGAGCUUGCACAACGGACCGGGGGAUUUUUCCUCCAGGUGAUGCAGAAUGCAUUCCGUCGGAUGAGGCCGGCCAGUCAGCUGCCUCCCAGUAUUGUAGAUCUUGCGGCAACAGACUUUUCUAUGAUACAAUACUUGGAACGUUGCGGAGGAUACGGAAAUGCAAGAGAGCUGGGGAUCAUCCAAUAUGCACUGGCUUUUGUGGCAGAUGCUGCAAUGAGGGACGGCAUGGAAGGCGUCCGCGAGCACCUCUCAUUGGCGAUGGUGGCCAUAGAGCAAGCAGCUCAGGGCCAGAACAAGUGGGACCUGGCGUUCCAGCUGACGCUUCUGGAAGAUCCUCCUCCUCAGAUCUUUUCUUACAGCACCUCAAUAUUCCACACCACGGGCCGAGCCAGGGCUUUCUCAGCCUUGUGUCCUCAGCGGUGGGCCACAGUGGCGCUGGCUUUUGCAAAGGAGAUGGAUUACAUACAGUCCAGAAGACAAGAGAGGGCAAAGCUGCUCAGUCAGGACCUCCCAGCCCAAAGAGAAGAUACCCAAAGGCGAAGGCUGCACAAAGCCAGAGCAGAGCUAGUGGAAAAGAUUGGAUUCUUUCCAAUCGGUCAGCCACCCGUAAGUCCCUUGCUGAGCCCUGCCCCCUUGCCGAGUUCUUCUACGUCAGUGCGGGCCUCUGGUUCCGCAGCGCGCGGUCGGGGGGUUCAGGUGGCUCCAGCGGGGCAAGUUGGCUGGCCGUCAGGCUCUGGUGAAUUCGACACUGAGAUUGGGGCCCAUCAAAGCGCCGUGCAACGUCUUGGUCUAGACAGUGCAGAACAGUACAGAGGUGGCAAAAGCGAAGUCUUUGUCCCUGCACAGAAUGAGAGGGAGGAGCUGCGUCCGUGUCGCGAGCUGUGUGCGGAGAGGUUGAAGCUUUCAGGUAGUGGCGUGUGGGAUCCUGUCCCUUUCCUUUCUGACCUCUUCUACAUGCCCUACAUUGAGCCCCGCGUGAAUCAGUUUGACAUCAAGCCUCCGAAGGAUGUGCUUCCUGACCUGAGCCGUGUUGAUAGAGCUGAAGUUCUGAAGCUGUGUAAGGUGUUUAACAACUACAAGUCGCCAGUAGCAGAUCGCCAGAUCGGCGAUAGGAGGUUCACAGAAAUGUUGAGUGGUGCAGUGACAGACAGGCGUGACUUCUAUCACCAAUUCAAGGUCAGUGAUGAGAAAGCUUGUGGAAAUGCACUCUUUCCACCUUUUCUUGCAGAUGAGCUGAAGGGUUUUUCUGCUUUCCAAUUGAUGGUCGAGAGAGAAACUGCUCAAGGUCGUAUCAGUGAUCGCCAUGUGGUUGGAGACCGGCUCGGUUUGUCACCCAAGCCAAUUCUCUUGGACACUGAGCGCUAUGUGGCUUGUUUUGGUGCGCUUUACCAAGGAGACCACCUUGGAGUUGAAUAUGCAACAGACGCUCAUGCAAACCUCAUGCGCUCUUGGGGGCUUUUGGAUGAUGAAAGGAGGCUCCAAGGUAGUCGGCCCAUCCUUUAUGAUGAUGUAUGUGCUGGGCUGAUCAUUGAUGACAUGUUUUUCGUCUCCUCUGAGACGGCCCAAAACUUCAGCUGCCUCAAUGAGUCCCUUGCAGUUCGGCAGUUAGGGGUUGCGAAGAAAGCCUAUGAUGAGGAGGGGCUGCUGGGCUCGGAUGACAAAGAUGUGCUUGGAGAUGUUGUCUUCAAAGUUUGCGGCGCUGAGGUUGAUUCAUCAUGGAAAUCAGUCAAGAAUGGAGUUGUCGUGGCAGGGGCCCCGAAAGAAAAGCGGUUGGUGCUCGGAGCCUUUGUCGGCUUUGGUUUGGAGGUCAGCAGAUCGAAAUGGGCAAAACGUUCCUAUGAAGCGGGCAUCUCAGGUCAUGCUUCCAUUCAUGACCCUGAUUUUGAGCCGGAGUUUGAGCGCCCGCUUGCGGAAGGAAGAGCAGCUGGUGAGAUCUCAGCCGGCGUGUCCCGGCCACUUGGGCUCCGUUUUCAGUUCUUGGAAGUUUGCGGAGGGGCUGGCGUUGUGACGAAGAAGAUGAUUGAGAAAGGGUGCGUGUGUGGUCCUGUUUUUGACCUGUCAGUCAGCCCUCAUUUCAACAUUUUGGAGUCAAGAGUUCUGGAAUGGAUUAUUUUUAUGAUGGAGGAUGACAGGCUGGACAGUUUCCUAGUUUCUCCUCCUUGCACUUCCUUCAGCCCUGCAGCUCACCCAAUGGUGCGUUCCUAUGCUCAGCCAAGAGGCAACAUGCUAGCGUUUGCCGCCUUGGUGCUGCUUUUGGUAGGCUUGAGGCUUGGAAAGUUUGGAUUGGGAGAACAGCCGAGGCUCAGCAAGAUGAGGUGGCUGCAGGAGUGGUUGCGUCUGCUCUGGCUAGGUAGCUGGGAGUGGAAGGCACAGAGUCACAUCAAUGUUUUGGAAGCUGCUGCUACCCUGAGGCUUUUUCGCAGAGUUGCCCGAGAUGGAGGCGAUUUGCGUGUCACAUAUUUGGCAGACUCUCAUGUGAGCCGCAGUAUUGUGGCAAAAGGAAGAUCAGCCUCAAGAGCACUCCAGCAGAUGCUUAAGGCCUCAGCAGCAAUUUGCAUCGCGGGUGCGAGCCAUGGUGAUGCUUUGAGGCGUCAACAGCGAGCUGGGAUUGUGCUGGAAGAUGGCAGGCGUGUGACUGCCACCACCAGCUUUCAUCGCGAGAGCUUGCUGGAGAAAUUUCGACACUGGCUGACGGCGCAGGGUGAGAAUUUUGAUUCGGUUGUCAUGGCUUCACCGCUUGACCUGGACAACCUCAAUCAGAAGCUUGUGGACUAUGGGAGAUGGCUUUUCAGCGAAGGGAAGCCUUACUAUCAUUAUUCUGAAACUGUCAAUGCUGUGACGAAUGCCCGACCUUUGGUAAGACGGUCCUUACAGCAGGCUUGGGAUCUGGCAUUUCUGUGGAACUCACAUGAACCCGCAGAACAUCACAUAGCUGUUCCGUUUCAGAUUUUGGUUGCUCUCAUUAGCGCGUCUUUCCUAUGGGGUUGGAGAAGAGAAGGGGCUAUCUUUGCUUUGGCGUUUGGGGCUCUGUUGAGGAUUGGGGAGGUGACCAGUGCUCUGCGGCGCGAUUUAGUGCUUCCGUCUGACGUUGACGAAACAACUGAUUACGUGCUGCUGAGAAUUUCUGAACCAAAGACUCGCUAUAGAGCUGCCAGGCAUCAGGCUGCAAAGCUGGAGCAAGUAGACCUGAUUGAAGUUGUCAAGAUUGGUUUUGCAAAGCUCAUGCCCCAUGAACCUUUGUGGAAUUUCUCAAACUCUACUUUGCGUUCUAGGUUGCUGAAGCUGCUUGGCAGGUUGGCCCUGCCGACUCGUGACUCCUCCCGAAUCAAGGCUAUCUCGUUGGCCUCUUUUCGCCUAGGAGGUGCGAUGUGGCUAAUGACUGCAACUGAGUCAGCAGAACUAGUGAGGCGCAGAGGUCGUUGGGCCUCUUUCAGAAUCAUGGAGAUUUAUUUGCAGGAAGUCAUGGCUGUGACAUAUAUGAAUGAAAUUAGUCGAGAAGCCUACACCAAAGUAAUGCAGGCAUUUUCCGUGUUUGGAGAUAUUCUGGCUGCAGUACAGAAGUUCGACAGAGCUUGCAUGCCGGAAGCGACAUGGUUCUUUUUUCUAUCACAUCAACCACUUGACUAA